AUGGUCGGCAUUCAGCAUUGCGGCGAAUGCUUUAAAACUUCCGAUUGCAAGAUCCACUACCUUUUCAACCAGCCACCCCUACUCCCUACUCCAUGGAGAGACACUGGCGUGGGACACACCGGAAGUGGCCACUUCAUCCUAUGGCAGCGUUGUAGCAGCCGUUGGGAUAUUUUCGCUCAACGGCAUCCAGGUCUUCUCGGCCUCGACUUCGACUUCGACUUGCGAGUUGGCGGCGGGGUGCGAUGCUUCAGCUUGGUGGAGUACCGCACCUGCAGAGUCGCCUUGGAUGUGCCCGGGGAGCGCUUGGUGAUCUCAUCCCAUGGCUCGCCGUCCUCUUUGAGUUCCUUCAGCAGCGCGUCAUCCUCCGAGGUAAAUGGCACACGUAUACCGGUCACGACAGACGGCCGCCCUUCUCGACCGGGGCUCGACACACCGUUCGCAGUCGAGCCGGCCGGUCCCCUCGUGACAGAAUGUCAUAGUGUAGCACGUAGCUUGAAAGAAAGCCGGAGACCGGGGACCAAUCGAGAGGAUUCGAUCAAGUGCAGUAGAAAAGAAGCCAAGAACAAUCUCCUCCUCGUCGUCCAAAAGCCUUUUUUGUUCAUCGGUGACUGGAAGGUUGUAAGUCUCUGCUCUAUCAAAAUCGAUCCAAACAACUCUUUCCGAAUCGUCCUUGACGAUCAUCAUAGGUUUCGGAUCCCUGUGCCGUACUCCUGCUCCGUGUAUCUCCUGUAUGCCUUUGAGGAAGUUGUCCUUUCGUUUCUGUGUAUAGUUGUGCAGAUGAAUCAUCUCAAGAUUCGAUCCUUUCGAAAGUGGGUUUGUGUCGCUGGGCGAAAGACGGUCUGUGACUUUUUGACGUCGAGACAAGGAAGUGACGCACGUGAUAUUAAUGAUACCUUGCUUAUAAGACUACCAUAUUCCUCGGCUGACAGCGGCAACUUUGAGCUUGUUCCACCCAUCCCAUUCACAUCCGGAGGUACCGCUGAACAGCCCCAGAUGACUGUUCUCUUGGCACUGUGGUACCUCGGCAUGCUUGCUGCCCAAGAUGCUAAAUCAAGUGGUCAAAAUUACAACUAUUCUUGCUUUGCGCCAAUAAGGAAUAGGCAUCCGGAAAAUCAGGAAGUCCCGUCUUCGCCGGUAGCGCCAGGAAUGAGAUCGCAUUCGCUUGUCACUCCUCAUAUUCCGGGUGCCUCCUUUGCCUCGCAAACCUAUUUGGGGAGCAGAACACAGUCGGCGCAUGGUCAACAAUUCGAGGCGUGUUUUAUUCUCAAGGAAUGUGGCUCCAAAUGGGACCGGGUGAGGCAGCUGGCAAGCUCGCACAACAAGAGGAAUGUCAGACCACCGGAACUGCUUCCCAGCGCGGGAGUACUCAUAGCCUAUAAUGCCGUCCACCAAGUGACGCCAGGUGCCUUUGGAAUGUAUCAACAUCAACCAUCUAAAGGGGGAUGCACCACAGCAGAUAUUUUCAAGAAGGUCGAUUGCAUCAUUGAUGUGCUCAUUAAGAACAUAGAAAUGGGUCAAACUCACUGCAAUAGAUAUCAACAUCUUCUCUUGCUUCAUCUGCAAAAACCACUCCCAGACCAUCUCAAGAAUGAAAGUAAAAAUUUUGACAGAACUGAACAGCUGAAAAUAAAGCUGCAAAGUCAGACAGAUUCUCAAGAAUCAUAA